AUGGUUAACACUCGCUUCAACGGUGUCAGGCCCGUAGCUCUCGUCAAUGAUCCCAUUGAAGAGUCUGUAGCAAGAGAUCGCAGUCAAGGCAGGAGUAGAGGAAGAGCAAGGAGUAGAGGCCGAGGAAGGGUAGCACCUAUUAGAGAUGGAGCAACAGUUGAGAAUGCUCCCAAGAAUGAGGGCGAGGCUAAGCAGUGGUGGAGAGCUUAUGUGGAAUGCAGAUCUUCAGCUUUAGCCCUACUCACUUGGACCCAGUUUCAUGCUCUGUAUGUUGGAGAACAGCAGACUAGAGAAGUAGUACCCACGGGAAAUGGUAAUAAUGGUCGAGGGCGUCCACAUGGUGGGCAAGGAGGAAAUCAACGAGGUCGUGGAGGUCAGGGAAAUAGUAACGCAGAGAAAGGUGGGGUGUUAGCUAGCAUUGAGGUUAGGGCCACCUUCAUUGAAGAGAUCAAGGCCAAACAGUUUGAGGAUGAGAAUUUGAAUGAGCUUAGGAAAAAGACAAUGUCUGGUAAGGCACAAAAUAUGGUUCUUGAUGCGGAAGGACUGAUAGCGUAUAGAUUGGCUUUACCUCCUAACCUAUCGGGAGUCCAUCCUGUUUUUCAUGUGUCCAUGUUAAAGAGAUAUCAUGGUGAUGGGGAUUGCAGUAUAAAAUGGGACUCAGUGUUGCUAGACAAAGACCUUCAGUAUGAAGAGGAACCGAUUGCAAUUCUUGAUCGUGAUGUCCGGAGGCUGAGGACCAAAGAGAUUAAGUCUUUUCAGCAGAACUUUUCAGCUCCAACAUCUUCAUCAUCUAGUGCUCCAUCCCCAGGUUUCGGCAGGAUCAGAAAGGUAGGGCAUCAGGCUCUAAGUCUUAGAGGAGUGUUUCAGGGUACUACAUCUGGUACAAGUAGCAGUCAACGCCAGAAUAAGUUGUAUGCUCUCCAGGCUCGCCAGGACCAGGAAGAUUCUCCUAAUGUGGUUACUGACGAUUUUACCCCUAAACUAAAAUUACAUGAAAAGGGAGCCGAACCAACCAUCAAAAAACUCGAGAGAGAAAUGAAGUCAUCUCCUUCUUCUCCCUCUUCUCUUCACAGAAAAGCUCCUUUUCUAUCAACUUUAUUAGCUUUAAUCAUCUUUUUUAUCAUCAUUAUUCUUUAUAGUGAAGUCUUUUCUUUCAUUUUUACCCAAUCUCAUCCCAAACUUUCCGGCUCUAAUUACAAUUCCAUCUCAAGAAUAAUCAAGAGGAGGAAGGAGAAGUUGGCAUUUGCAAUUGGAGAGAGAGAAGAAGGCUGCGACGUUUUCAGCGGAAGUUGGGUUUGGGACAGCAAGAGCCGGCCGUUAUAUACAGAGGAUUGUCCUUAUAUACAACCACAGUUAACAUGCCAACAACAUGGCCGCCCAGAUAACGAUUAUCUAUAUUGGAGAUGGCAACCUCAUUCUUGCUCUAUUCCAAGUUUCAAUGCGACACUAAUGCUGGAAAGCCUUAGAGGAAAGAGGAUGUUAUUCGUUGGUGAUUCCUUAAACAGAGGACAAUUUGUUUCCAUGGUUUGCCUUCUUCAUCAACACCUUCCUGAGAAUGCCAAAUCCAUGGAAACUUUUGGUUCCCUCACUGUUUUCACUGCUAAGGAUUACAAUGCACGAAUCGAAUAUUACUGGGCACCAUUUCUGCUGGAAUCAAAUGCUGAUGAUGCAGUCAUACAUAGAAUUACUGAUAGAGUUGUUCGGAAAAGUUCAAUAAAUAAGCACGGAAAAAAGUGGAGAGGAGCUGACAUAAUUGUGUUCAACACUUACUUAUGGUGGAUGACUGGCAUGCCGUUCAAGAUUUUGCAAAAAGGGUCUUUCAAGGAUGAAGUGAAAGACAUAGUUGAAGUGUCUACAGAAGACGCGUAUCGCAUGACAAUGAAGAGUAUGGUGAGAUGGUUGAAGAAAAAUAUGGAUUCAAAUAAAACCAGAGUAUUUUUCACCAGCAUGUCACCUUCUCAUUACAAAAGCAUGGAUUGGGGAGGGGAAGCAGACAGAAAUUGUUAUAAUGAAACAAAGAUGAUAGAAGAUUCAAGUUACUGGGGAUCAGAUUGUAGCAAAAACGUAAUGCAAGUGAUAAGAGAAGUGUUUAGUAAAUCAGAAGUGGCCAUAACGUUUCUCAACAUAACACAACUAUCAAGUUAUAGGAAAGAUGCACACACAUCAAUUUACAAGAAGCAAUGGAAUCCAUUAACACUAGAGCAACUAGCAAACCCUGUUAGCUAUGCUGAUUGUACACAUUGGUGUUUGCCUGGCCUUCAAGAUACAUGGAAUGAACUUUUAUUCGCGAAGCUUUUUUAUCCAUGACAUUUGAAAAUGUAUCGAAAACCUUUAACGUAACAUGAUUGUGGAGGAGGAUGAGAGUAAAAAUAUAACUAGAUGU